AUGUUAGUGUGGAACAUUAGGGGGUUAGGCACAUCGAGAAGAAGAAUAAGGAGUUUGGUGAGGAAAUAUGAGGUGUCAGUAUUGGUUGUAUUAGAGCCUUUCCAGGAGGACUCAAAGCUACAGAGUUGGGCGGCAAGCUUACAGUUCUCCAAUUAUUGCUCUAACUUAAAAGAAGGUGGAAAGAUGUGGGUCAUUUGGAAGGAUGAAAUAAACUUGGAAAUCUUAGAUAUUAAUAAGCAGUCGAUGACGGCAAUUGUUGUAGAUCCGGGGGGUAGUUUGCGGAUUACUUUUGUACAUGCAAAAUGCUCCCAAGCUGAACGUAGGGCUCUUUGGGAUAAUCUGAAAACAAUGUUGAACACCAAUGACACCUGGGUGGUGUUGGGGGACUUUAACAUAAUUCGAUACGACAUGGAAAGAGUGGGGAGUAGACCUAGACCCUCCUCGGCAAUGGAAGAAUUUAACGAGUGCAUUAAUGGCUGUGGUCCAAUGGAUCUACCAUUAGUUGGGAAACAAUUAUCUUGGUGUAAUGGGCAACAAGGAUUAGCAAGAAGCUGGGCAAAGCUUGACCGGAAUAUGUGGACAUCACAUGACGGCUUCUUAGAUAUGGUACGGAAUUCAUGGAAUGAACCGAUAAGAUGGGAGCCAGGAUUACUGAAUCUGGCCGGGAAACUAAAAAGGCUGAAACAGAAAAUGAGGCAGUGGAAUAGAGAGAUCUUUGGCCGAGUCGAUGCAAUAAUCAAAGAACUGGAGGAGAGGGAAGAAAUCUACGAGGAGGUCCUCCAGGAUAAUUACUCGGAGGAAAUUGAGCAAGAGUUUCUUAUCAACAAGGCGGAAUUGGAAAUUUGGUAUUGUUGCCCAAAUGACUAA